GAAUUGGCAUCGUUGAAUGGGAGGUAUUGAAUUCAAAUUUAAAAGAAGAGAAUUGAAAAGUUAGAAGUGUCAGAUUAGAUGUCAGACUUUCAGAGAAGCAAAUUGCUUUUUCCAAUUAUUUGUAAAAUAUCUUAAAUAUUUAUAAAAACAAUAAACAUGAGUAGGGAAUUCGUGUGGGCAAUCAAGAAUGGAGAUUUAGAACAAGUGAAGCUAAUUGUAGAGAAACAGCAUAUAGACGUUAAUCAGGAAGUAGAUGGACGCCCUUCAAUUUUAUAUGCAGCAGAUUACGGCCAAAGAGCUGUUAUGGAGUACUUACUUACUGUUGGAGCUGAUGUAAAUUCAAAGGAUAAGCAUGGCAUAACUCCAAUUUUAGCAGCUAUUUGGGAGGGACAUAUAGCUUGUGUGGAGUUGUUACUUCAGAAAGGUGCUAAAAAAGAUGGUGUAGCCCCUGAUGGCAAAUCAUAUUUUGAGUCAGCUGAAAGCAGUGAAAUUCGACAACUUUUAGCUUAAGUAUUAAGAAUAGUUAUUGUCUAUACCUGCUCCAGUGAUACCACUUUUAUUUGAGUUCUGAGAGGAACUUUAUAUUGUGAUAUUAAAGGAAAAUGUUUGCUUCGAAAUGUCCGCAUCAUUAGAAAUUGCUUAUUGACGAAUGAAUGCACUUUAUUUGUGGGGGUAAUUGAGGUUGUAUUUGUAAAGAAAGAUUUUGUGCAUAUUCAGUGAGAGAAAAUGGAAUUAUUUGGACUUGAAAUCUUAGAAAACGAUUGAUAUAUGUAUAGUGCUAUCUCUUUUAAAAUCUUAUUAGAUCUCCUAAGUUGUAUGAUGUGAUCAAAGAGAGAGGUUGUCAUGUUCAACAAGUAAAUUGUCCAGCCAAUAAGCUUUCAGUUUAGGCAGAUAUGAAUUAACUUGUUUUAAUUUUAUUUACAUUUAAAUGCUAAAUAAGUUGCUUGACUGAUCCAAGCAACAAAAAUAUAUAUUUUUUUAUUUAGAUCAGGUUCAGAGGUAUUUUUUGCAUUGAUUGAAUAACGUUAUGUUAAUGAAUUAACAUUAAACUAUGUAAAUGUGUCAUUUUUUGGGGAAAACGGAAUUUGAAUACAAUAUUUGUACAGAAAAACACCAUUUCGUUGGAAAAAUAAAUAAUACUGUGGUUUUAA